AUGAUUCGAAGAUCCCGUUGCAUUAUAUUACUAGUGUCGAUGAUUCUAUUGCAUCUAGUCGUAUUUUCAUUACUUGACUACGAUCCUCUUCCAUCGAUCAAAUUAAAUUUGUUUGAUUGGAGAAAGUUGAUGAAUGUAAAUUUCUUUGAUAGUGAUUACAAACGUUUUAAUAAAUUGGUUGAUAAUAAAUUCAAUUUGAUUUUUGGAAACAAGGAAGACCUCGAUCGUAAGAAAAGAGAACAGCUAUAUUUGUUAGAAUUACGAAGACACCCAGAAGAUGAGGAGAUUAAUAUUCCAAAUGAAAUUGCUUCCUCAGAGAAUACUGCGACUUUCGAGCAAUUCGAUCCUCGAUUUACGUUAGGGAUUAUGAUGCAUCACUUAUCCACCCUGUUGGCUAGUCAAAAGAUUGAAGAUAUAAGUAUCCCGUACUUUCAUUGGUCAGAUUGGGCUGAUUUGUCUAUUCUUGACGAGUUCGUCAAGAAUAAUGAAAAAGUGACAUGCAAAGAUUAUUUUGAUCAAUCUACUUCCAAUAAAAUAAGAAAUAGAAGGCAAGAGCUCUUUCCAGCAGAAGAAUAUUGUGUAGAUGACUUCGACAUCGAUAAAUUGUUGGACAAUCCAAAUGUCGAUGAUUACCGCAAGAACAUAUUAAGGAUAAUUCAAUCACAAAAAUCCUCGACUGGUUGGCAUGUUUUUGGAUACGGAGGAAGGUCUAAGACUAAUUUAAAAUUAUUACAUGGGAGAUCUUAUCUACAUGAUUUUAUGCCACCUCCAAUGUCAAUAAUUUUUUUACUUCCGUCUAAAGAGGGCAAAGAUAAGACGUUUGGCGUUCGCAGCUUAGAAGUGAAAGUAAAUCAGAAUAUUCUAGACGGAAAAAAGAAAAUAUCAGGGACGGAUUUACUACAAACUUACGUCCAGAAUGAAAACAAUGACCCAUCUAGCGAGACUUCAGAAUUUAAAAAAUUGAAUGUCCGUAAAGAAUUGAACAGAUUGGUAGAGAUAUAUGAAAUCCAAUAUCCUAAUCCGCGCAAAGAGACAGCUUAUUCUAAAGAACUCAAUCACGAGAUGUUUAUCGACAGCUCCGAAAGAACUUUAGAAGAACUAAAAUUGGCUGAAUCUUUAUCACCAAGAGAUCUUAUAUACAAAGAGUCAUUGGAAUAUUCUAUGAACAUUCGUUUUCCCCCCAAGUACUUCUUCGAAGCAAAGUUGUUAAGAAAAGAGCCUAAUCCGGGUUUAGGUUCUCAUUAUGACUGGCGUUUUUUUAAUGGAAUUAUCAAUUUCACAGAUAAGCUUCCACCUGCUUUAUUUGGAUUAAUAAGAGCAUGGCUCUCGUUUACAAAUGAGCAUGACAUAACCACAUGGAUCGCUCAUGGUUCAUUGCUAUCUUGGUAUUGGGAUGGAAUUGAGUUUCCCUGGGAUAAUGAUAUCGAUGUUCAAGUGCCGAUUUCAGAUUUGCAUAAGCUAUCAAGGAAUUAUAAUCAAUCAGUCAUCGUUGACAUGGGUGGUAAGGAUGAUGGAGAAAUUAGAUAUGGAAGAUACUUUGUUGACUGUGGAAGUUUUGUAAGUAGAAGGGGUAAAGAGAAUGGAAACAAUAAUAUUGAUGCUAGAUUUAUUGAUGUCGAUUCUGGCUUAUAUAUUGAUAUCACUGGAUUGUCAGUCUCCGAGACGAGAGCGCCUGUCCGCUACAAUCAAUAUUUGACUGGGGAGUACUCCAGGGCUUCCGUAGACCAGACAAUAGGAGAAUUUGGAAGGAACAAUUUCAUUCAGGCGUAUAAUUGCAGGAAUAAUCACUUUGCAAGAUUAAGUGAAUUGAGCCCUUUGAAACUUUCUUUUUUCGAGGGCCAGCCUGCUUAUAUCCCAAGCGCCUUUGAAACCUUACUAAUUAAUGAAUAUCAUGAAAAGGGAAUAGAGUCUUUUAGGUUCAAAACUCAUACAUUCUUGCCUACAUUAGGAACUUGGGUUGAAACAGAUAAAUUGAAACCAUACUUAUACCAGAAUUCAAAAAUCGAUUCGCCUAAUGUACCACUUAUAGAACCCUCCGAGGAAGAUUACAUGAAAAUCUUAGAGAAUAACUUGGACAUACUCGUGGAAUUCUUUAUCACAAGAAAUGCUACACAGUUUCACGAAGUUGAGAUGCGAAGGCUAUCGCUCCUGAAAUCCACCCGGGACUUAAUUUUCGACGAAGAUGGAAAUAUCAAAGUUUUAUUCAAGGAUAUGAGGCAUGAUGGUUUCAUUUAUAAUCAAUUCAAAGCUCGACAAGCUCGACAAGCUAAGGAAUCACCCGAUCCACCAAAUGCUGCAACAAACUCGAAUGAGGUAGCCAAUUAA